AUGCGGCCGCACCCGCUCGUUCUUCUGCUUUCGCUGCAAGGAUACGGGCUGCUUGGCAGCGGCGAGGCGCGCAACGCCGCCGUGCGCGCUGCCGAAAAGGAGUUUAGGCACUGCGCUGCCGCUGCAAAGGAGGAGGGUGGGAGGGCGCUGCGGGCCUUGCGCGAGGCGGACGCGGCGAGGAGACUCGCCGAGACGGCGCGGCUAACGGCGGAGGACGCGGCGACUCUGGCGGCGGAGGAGGGCUCCGAGCCGGCCAAGAGGCUCGCAGACGCGGCGAGGCUGGCGGCGGAGGAGUCGGCCAAGCUGGCGGCAGAGGCGGAGCGCCUCGCGGCCGGGGCAGCGGCGAGGCGUGAGGCCACCCUGUGCAAGCGCUCGCCACCUCUGCUGCCCUUACCGCCGCCUUUGGCUGCGGGGCCGCUCUCACCGGCCUCGCACUCGCGGCCGGCCUGCAGCUGA